AUGGCAUCAAACAAAUCUGGCACAGGCCAGGUAAUAUCUUGGUAUGUCUGUACUGCUGCCGUAGUUCCAUUUGUCUGUCUUCGCAUGUAUACGCGAUGGGCCAAAUUUGGUGGUCUAGCGAUUGAAGAUGGUCUCAUUGUGCUGGCUCUGCUGUGCCUCAUCGGCGACUUGAGCAUUCAGCAACAUAUGUGGAACCUGGGUCUUGGUGAUAUGGCAAGUGUUUCUCCGGACAAGUUCAAAGGCAUUAUGCAAAUGAUAGUGCCUGGAUCUGUCCUAUAUGUCGUCUCUCUUUGGGCCGUCAAGUUUGCGCUUGUACUGUUCUACAAACGCCUUGCCGCACCAGGUUCGAGGUUGAUCACCAUCUACAACUUUGCUCUUGCCGGUUUAACCGUUACAUUCCUCAUCAUCUUCUUCGACAUCCUCUUCCAGUGCUAUCCAUACGACAAGAGGUGGUCAGUUGAUCCAAAGUACCAAUGUGAUCCAAAUGCAGCUUCAGCUAAUUACUGGAUGACUUCAUUGUUCAACAUCAUUAGCGACGCCAUCAUCAUUUCUCUUCCUAUCACCAUGGUCAUGAACCUUCAAAUGAAGCUCAAGCAGAAGCUUGGUGUCGCCGCAAUAUUUGCCCUCGGCGUCUUUGUCAUCAUCGCAAGCAUCAUCCGAGCUUAUUACUCCCACCGCAAUGAAACAAUGUUGACCUGCACCGUCUCAAUGGUGGAGACCGCCAUAGCAAUUAUCGCGUCCUGCCUCCCGGCUCUGCGAUCCAUGUUCAUUGGCGGCAACACGCGAAAUCCCACGAGCAGCUACGGUAGACACUACGAACUCACAUUAGAUCGCCGCAAGCCCAUUGAUACGCAUUCAAACGCUCACACGGCAAGUGUAAUGUCACCACGGCUAACAAGACAUACACCAAACGACUCGGAAGACUCGCUUGUCACUGGCGGCAUGUCGGUGGAGUCGGGCGCUCCAAUCGUGUCGAACGAAUCGAAUGGGAAGAUAUGCAUUCAUGUCGAGACCACAAUUGCUACGCACUUCGUAGAGGGUACAGAGAGCAGUAGAUCUGCAGCCUAG